AUGUCACAAACAAAGGAUAUCAGCUUAAAAAGUAUCUAUGGCGCAUUAAGACACCCUCAAGCUCAAAAAUCAGCUCAGACUCGACAGUUACUUACCACAGCCUCCACACAAACGAUCGAUCAAGUCCUUCGAAAGAUCCUCGGUUAUGCAAAACGAGAACAGACAGACUGGCCAACCAACCGUCUGGCUCACAUGGUCGCAUUUGUAUUCAGCAUGGGAUUUAAGCAUGCGGUCAUCAGCCUUGCAUCAUUUAAAGCCUGUCUGCGUUGGUUAGUCGACUUAUUGCAUUCAAGUCAAGAUAAAGCCACGCUGCGUUAUGGUCUGAAAUGCAUCUGCAUUGUGUUUGAAGCCAUUCAGACAACCACAGGGGCUAACCUAUUAGCUGAUUUUGUGGAUCGAAAAGGAAUACAGAUACUAUUGAUAUUGGCUCAACAUGAAGAACAGUCAAUUCAAUUCUAUAGUUUGCGUGCACUUAAUGCUCAAGCAACGUAUUUCAGCAAGCCAUUGAAUGAAUCCUUGGAUGGGUACACUGUAUGCACUCAAUUACUGUCAGACAUGCCCACCGCACUGAAUACAUUAUGGAUUGUACCACCACCUAGCGACAUUGCUCAGCGCGAGGCCGAAUUGAAGCAAUCCAUGCUGACAUGUCAAUUACUCCGGUCCAUGCUGAAACAUCCAAAUACAGAAUACCAAGUUGGAUUUGCAGAGUCCAAUGGGUUUCGGUCCUUAGCUCGCGUCUGGUGUUGUCUCUGUCAUUAUGAAUACACGCUAGCCACACACCAAGAACCACCUCAGCAUGCAACGUCACAACAAAAACUCGUCUAUGUACUGACAUGUGUGAUUCAACACUGUACAUCCAUCUCCAAAAAAGCAGCAGGGUGUGUUUCUGAAGAACAUGUACGGGCUAAAUGGCAGCCCCUCUUGUCUGUCUAUAUGCAACGAUGGAUUUACGAUACGUGUUGUACUAUGAAUACGCCCAUGUACACACUUGAAUCCUUAGCAGUCGAUAAGACUAUCAUGAACAAAAUGAUUCAGAUCUCUUUAGAUAUCGUGCCUGUACUGCAACACCAUAUGUAUUGGCUUGAUUACGUGGAUCAAGCCGUGUGUGAUUUAACCAAUUUUAUGCUAGCCUAUAUCUCUCAGCCUAUUUUACCAGAACAUGUCACUACCAUGGGCAAACCCAACACUGUCUUGCACAACAAUCUCUGUAUUGAUGUAGAUGAACGAGGUUAUCAGUUUCAUGCUGAUAUGCUUCAGCAGCACCAAAGUGUGUUUGUCUUGAUACUCGAAUCAUUUAUUCAACAUGUACAACUGGCUUCUCUGUCUUUGGUCCAAUUGGUCUGUGGACGUGCUGCUUGGUGUCUCAAGUCUUUGGCGACUGUGCUAUCCAAUGCAGAUCAACUAGAUACAUCGCCUUUACGAUCUCGCAUCUUGAAACUGAUUGUGUUCUUUUUACAUUAUGAUGAUGCGAUCGACACAUUAGCCACAUCCACAACAAGCAUCACCCCCUUUAUUUGGGGAACCACCAUUGAGAUGGCCAAACAAGGGCUUAUGACAACCUGUAUUGAUACAUCUGAAUCCUCGAGUGUGAUCUACAAGGCCAAACGUGCAUUUGUGUCUCUGGAAAAGAUAUCCCAUCAUCACCGUGCUUGUGAACGUCUUGUGGAUUGUGAUGUGCUUCAGUUAGUCGAUCUGGAUCUGAUUCCUUCAGGGCAAGUCAUCGAUCAAUAUCCUUCCUUAUUAUCCAUGUAUGCUGUCUAUUGUCGAUUCCUUGCUGUUUUGUCGCGACGCACAGCCUUUGUGAGGACCAAACUCCGUGAUCAAUACCAUCUGUUUCCGAUCACCUUAAAACUACUGCACGAAGCUGUUGCAUUAAGAGAACAUCAUCGUGUGAAUGAUGUCUUUAAGGCUUGGAAUCAAUUGAUCUCAAGCUGUCUAAUGUUGAUCAGUGCAUUUCAAUACGAUGAACUAUCGAUGCAACAAUGGCUUUGUUGGAAACAAGAAUCGUCUGUCCUCACUCCUCUUUUGGCCAUCUUGUUUCCUUGGAAGGAAGCUGUUGACUGGGCAGCCAUGCAUCGCUAUGUGGCAUCGGAUUUGGAUGUGAUGCUCAAAGCAGCACAACUGUUGGAUCAACUGUCGUGUCAUUCGCUUUGUGGAAGACAGUUUGUGAAUGACACAGCUGCAUUGCCCAACCUGUCUCGACUGAUGAUCUGUUUGACUACCACUGAUCCAUCAAUGCAAUGGAUCAUCACACAAGCAUCUCAAGAGACACCUCAAUUCCAAUGUGCUGAUUACUUAAAAAAGAGCAUGAUGCGUAUGCUCAUGUCGCAUGAAAAUAUGCAGUUCAAUAUCCUCCGUGAUGCAUUUACCAACGCCUUUCAGCCUAUGCUCUAUCAUCCCAACGCAGGCACUUCACAAGCCUACUGGCGACAUUUGAUGUGUGAUGCAUUGUACAAGCACAGAUUCAGUGAUUUCAAUCGACUGUAUCGGUUCACGCAAGACGGAGACAAUGCGAUCAAGUUGCAUGACUUUACAGCAGUAGCAGUUGCCUAUACAGCCAUGGGUGCACCUACACAAGAGGCAUGGAAUGAUGUCUUGGGCUUCAACCAUCUAGAUCAAGAAUGCAUAGCUGCUUCAAAGCAUGUGUUUGGUGCGUUGUGUCAAAUGUUGGUAUAUGAAUUAGAGUAUGAAGAAGAAGAUGACGAUGAUCAUGGCCAGGAUACGUUGUUGAGUCAGAUCACACCGUUGCGUCGGCAUGCAGCAGCACAAGUGAUGGAGGCCAUGUCACUUGAAUUUGAAGUGAUCUGGCAAGCGCGGCCUGUACCAACACAAGAUCCAGAUACCCCUCUUCCUUCCCUAGAGCCUGUAGAAACAGUGACAUUCGUGACGGAUGACAACAGACAUCUUCAGGCUCAUCGUCAACUGUUACGUACUUGCUCGCCUAUCUUUGAAGCCUUGUUAAGUGGUGAUUAUGCAGAAUCCGCUUCAGACAGCCUUAUACCAUUACACGAUGUGAGUUUUCAUAGCCUAGAACUGUUGAUGAAAGCCAUGCAUGGAUCUCCUAUUGAUGGUCUCUCUUGGCAAGACAUGGUGGAAUUACUCAAGAUGUCAGAUCGGUUUGGUGCAACAGUUGUCAAACAUGCCUGUGAGCAUUGGGUGUUGCAAAAAAUAAAGCAACUUGGCAAAGACAAGGCAGAACGUAAGGUCUGUUUAGAAGGCAUGGUAGGCCUGUAUCGACAGUGCCGAGACCCUAUUGAAAAAGAUGCUGGUAUUGCAUCAGACACAUGGCCCUUUGCUGUGGUGCUACGUGAAUGCCUCAAGACGAUUUUGAUGUACAUGUCAGAAUCCAGUCAAACAAUAGCAUUUUUAGAGAUGCGAGUCUAUUGA